AUGGGGUACUCGUACGACAACAUGGCCAAGCCAUCGAAGAUGGCAGCGCAUUCCAUGCCACACCACAACUUGCCUCCGCUGACCCCGAUCCCACUGACGGGCUCCCGCCGCAUUGGCUCGUGGCCACUCGAGGAAAUCAAGUACACGCACUACCUGUCCAGUUUGUUCAAAGCCAGCCGUCUCGAAAAUGUCCCCAACGGCACAAGUCUUCGCAAGUGGCUCGGGCUCCAACUUAACUGUGCUCCCAUGCGCCUAAGCAAAAAGUUCGACAAAUUGUCGGGCAUGCUCGGGCUGGUCAAGUACGAAAUUCGCCAGGACGUGUUGGAUGCCAUGACUCCAGCCCAACGCCGCGCUCAGAUCAAGGAAAUGCACGACCUUCGAUCCAAGCUCGAGAUGGCGGUUGCUAGGGACAUGGCUGGUUUAAAGCCGCUCUCUCAUCAUCUGGAAAAGCAUGGUCGAAUCUUGGCACCGGACGCUAUCAUGUAUACUUCGCCCAAGAAGCACCGGCCUCGCAAGUACGACGAUAACGAUGUGCUGUUCAAAGGGCGGCUGUCGCUGACUUCGUCGAUGCAGUCGGGGGUGGAAGCUGGACCAGUCCUUCCACGAAAGUCGAAUCGCAGUUGCGUUCGUCGAACAAGGUACUCGUACGAUUCUUCUGACGAGUCCGAAUUUGGUGCCAACGCUGAGGAAGACCAUGACAUGGCCAUCCUGGUCGACGAUGCAUCUUUGGAGCCAUUGCCAUUCCACCCGCCGAUCUCGACGACCACAGCCAUAAACGUCUGGAACGGCGCGCCAGAGUGUCCACGUACAGAUCGAAUCAGCGCAACAUUCACACUGGAAGAUCUAGAGUUCAUCGGGCAGUUCACCGACGAGCUUCCAUCGCUGAGCACUCCUGGUGACUCGUUUUGGUCGUCCUUCCGCGAGAUUGAGUGCUUGAACUCGUACUCGACGCUGCUCCUGGACACACCGAACAUGCAACCGCCACCGUCGUCGUCUUGUUAG